AUGCAGGGAAGAUGCAAGAGCUUUUAUUUGGGGCUUUUUCUGGCCAAUCAAAAUUCUGACAGAUGCUACGAAAGCAAUCGAAUAUUUUCGGCCAUUCCUCCAUUUUUUUCUUUUUUUUUUCCUUUUUGCUUCCUUCCUUUUAACUCUUUUCUUCUUGCUUUCAUUUCUUUUCUUUCAACUUUCUUUCUUUUCCAUUCCUUCGUAGCUAAAACCAUUUAUUCUUUUCCUCUUCCCUUCUUUCUUUCUGUUUUCCUUCUUCACCAUACUUUCUUACAUAACAACCAUUCAUUAACAACAAUUCUUUUCCUUUUUCCUUCCUUCUUUCUGUUUUCUAUCCCUUCCUUCAUUCUUCAUCUUUUUCCUUCCUUUUCUAUCCUUCCAUUCUUCGAUCAUUCUUUCCUUUUCCCUCUUUCAUUCUUUCCUUGUUUUUUUUGUUACUUUCCUUCCUCGCUUUCCUUCCUUCCUAUGUGUCCUUGCUUUUUUAAAAUUUUUCCUUUCGUUAUUUCUUUUUCUUCCUAUUUCUUUCCUUUUCCUUUGUCCUUCUUCCUUUUGCUUUCUUUUCGUUUCCUGAAUUCUUAUUUUUCUUUCAUUUCUUAA